AGAAUCUAUUCUGUCACCAGUGACUCUAAGAAAGCCCUGGUUCCUUAAGAGAAAGGGAACCUCCUUAUGAUGUUACUGUGCUUAGGGCGGGGGUCUUCCUCACAUUUUAAGUCCAUGGUUCACCAUAACCCUCAGUCACAUUCUAUGACACAUUAUUGACACCUUAUGUGAGGCGCACAGGGACACAAUCGGUCUGCAUGACCACUCGUUUCAUUGGUGGCAGUGUUAAACCUAGCCAUCCUCCUCCAUUAAACACACAAAACAAUAUGAGCGUUUUAUUUAGCCUAUUAGGCUACUAAGCUAACGUUUGCGACUCGUUUUCUUGACAAACCGCAUGCGUGGCGUUGGGUGUGUAAAUAAUUUGAAAGUAAAAACCGCAGGAGUGCAGGAAAACAUUUAAAUAUGUCGUAUUUCACCGUUAGAUGUAAGUGCAUCAUGAAUCAGUGACAUCCAGAGGAUUUACGCUACCACCGCCACAGCUCGCGAGAGACACGCAUGCGCAUUGUCAAAAAACAGCCGGUCUUUAAAAAACCCUUACGCCAACGGAUGUAAUCAAGGCAAAGUAUAUCUCUUAUCUCUGGGCAUACAUGGUGAAAUUCCCAUGGGAUCAGAGCGGAUGGAGAUGCGAAAGAGGCAGAUGUCGGUGCAGCAGGAGUCGGUGGCGGGCACCACAGCACCGGCGCAGAACGAGCAGCCCGGCCAGGGGAACCGUGGCUCCAAUGCCUGCUGCUUCUGUUGGUGCUGUUGCUGCAGCUGCUCCUGGAAUGAAGACAGAGAUGAGAGGAACCGGAGAGCCUCGUAUGAUUUUAAAGCAGAGGGGAAUGCAGACUUUGAGGAAAGUACGAAACCGACUGCGGAGGAGGUCUGCUUGUGGGGGCAAUCUUUCGACAAACUGAUGCAAUGCCCCGCUGGAAGAAGUGCCUUCCGGCAGUUUCUGCGCACCGAAUUCAGUGAGGAAAACAUGCUCUUCUGGUUGGCCUGCGAGGAAUUCAGUAAGGAAACCAAUAAGAGCCUCAUCGAGGAGAAGGCACGGAUAAUAUAUGAAGACUACAUCUCUAUCCUCUCACCCAAAGAGGUGAGCCUCGACUCUAGAGUUCGAGAGGUUAUAAACAGGAACAUGCUGGAGCCAACAUCCCACACGUUUGAUGAUGCCCAGCUCCAGAUAUUCACACUAAUGCAAAGAGACUCGUAUCCGCGAUUCAUUAACUCGUCGGUAUACAAAAACCUGCUUAAGACAGUCUCUGAGCAGUCGGUGGAAACUUAGAUCUCUGUGAUCCCGGUCGAAUGCCCCCUCCCUAUCUUUUGUCCGUUACCUUUUCUUGUGUAGAAUAUGUUUAAAAGGACCCCAGCAUGGGUUCUCCCAGGGAUUUUACCGCUAUAGCGAUCUGUACCUGAAAAAAGACGCUCAGGCCUCCAGGUCACUGGAUUUUAAAAAAAUGUCUCAAAUUUCCCGAGGGCUCAACACAAGUACUCUACAAGUACUGCUACAGAUCAGCAUAGCAAACGAUGCUCCAAAGGAUUAUCAGUGCGUUUCGAUGUUUUUAAGAAAAAUAAUCGAUUUUAUUUGUGUUGGCAGGUUUUUUAAAAAUUGUUUUUAAUUCAUUUUUUUGUAUUAAUGUUCGAAGGAAGAUGUGAUACCAAUCGUGGGCUAUAGACAGUAGAUAUAUUUAUGAAUUUGUAUUACAGUUCUUCAAUCUUUUUUUUCUUGUGUUACAAUAUUUAAAGAAAAGGGAAUUAUGGGUAACAAGAAUUGCCCGUUUAUGAAAAAUGCGUAUGAGAAUCAAAGCUCAAGUCAAGGCAACGCUUCAGCUCUACUCACGGGACGCCCCGUUGUAAACAGUAUUGUUACAGCUACUUUAUCAAAUAGCCCCUAUUAUAAUGACUUGGCAUCUCCAAUGAGAAAUCAUCAUUAUCAGAAAUAAAGAGAAAAACAAAAAAAUUAUAAUUAAAGAGAAAAAAAUAUAUUGUAAGGGGGAAACAUGUACAGUAUUUAAAUCAGUAUUUAAAAUCAAAUAGCAUAUCUCAGACAGCAUAGUACAGUUAUUUCCCCUGCCUUUUGUACUGCUAGAAAAUAUCAAAAAUUUAUUUACAUAAGUAUCAUCUAUCCAUAAGUGUUUUUCUGUAUCAUAGCAUUCAUUGAUUCAACUAAGAGUUGGUUGGACAUGGCAACUAUUCCUUGCAUGUACUCAACCCAAAGACGCUACGAAGACUGAAAGCCUCAUUAGUGUACAGUAUAUAGAGGUAGUAAUAUUUAUACGAAUGACCUCGGAUAGAAGAGAUUUAACAUGCAGGUAUUAUAUUACAGUAUCAAAUGUGUUUUAGAUCUAAACAUGAGCCCUGAAAGGAAAGGUGCAUAUUUUAUUGCUAGGACCCUCAUAAGUAGAUGACACCAAAGUAGCCAAGUCCAGUAAAACUGUGCGAUUAGCUUUCUCUCCAAUACAACUGACUAGAAUUGGAGCUGCCAAGUUCGUACUAUAUUUUUAGUUCUGUGAAUUACUUUGUUGCCUGAAUUUCAUGUCGCUCAAAGACAAGAUCCUCACUCGGGGAAGUGCCUUGACAUUCAAUUUUGUGACAUCUCUUUUUUGGCAAUAGUUGAUUUAAACUCUUGCCACAUACAGUACGUAGACUCUGGGCUUUUGAUCAUUCAUGAGAUGACUUGUCCUGCACAGUGGUGACUUCUGAAUUGAGCUAUUGCACUUUGUUUGCCUCUAGUUUUGGAGCGAAAAACACCAUUGGUUUUGGGUGACCGUGAUUUCACCAAGUACAACAUAUUCCCGGAUCAACAUCCUUGUUGAUC